AUGGCUCCCCCACCUCGUGGUCGUGGUACUAGUCAGCGGAGUCCGACUGUACUGGUUACGGAUUCCCGAGACCAGCAGCCCGCUUCAACUGCACGUCGACGACGGUCGCCCGCCACUCGAUUUAUUACUGUUGACAAUGUAUUGCAAUAUGCCUCCGAUGUACCAUCCAUGCAGCAGCGCCACCCGCCGCCCAUCUCCAGAUCUCGUCGUGUUGCUUCGGGCGCCCUGAUGGGAAAUGCCAGCGGAGCCUCGGGAUCCCUAGCGAGUACUACCGGGACCAUUGGGCGUCUGGCAGCCCAGCCACGUCUUCCUCCACGUACAACGAAAGUUAGUGAGAAACUUGUCCUCCUGCCCGAUACCGCAGGUGUAGGCGAGAGCACAACAGAGGAUGAAGAUGACGAUGUGCAAGACGACAACGACCUGGUGGAUGAGGAGCUGGUGGAUAGGCUGGCGAGAGAAAAAGGCAUGGAUCCCGAAGUUGUCAGGCGACAAUUGCUAUCGCAGAAGCGACUCGGCGGAGAUUUUGGCGUGGAUAAUGAUAUUUCACCUUUACUGGCCGAGGAAGACUUGCACCGAAAACGUCGCAUUGCGCCCGAGAGAGCGAAGAGUUAUGCUGAGCGACUACCAAAGGCUAGACGUGCAGAGAAACUUGCCCGAGUGACCGCGUAUUGCACUGCACAGGCAUACAAAAUGGGAUCCGUGGCAUCUUUUGUCAAAGAAUGGCAUGGCGCUCGCACCAAACUCUAUGAUGACUGUCUCUACACAGCCUACCACCUUCCACUUCUGCCCGGUCAUGAAGGGUAUCGCUUGCGAAGCAGUCCCGUUGUCAAAUUCCCCGGCGGCAAGUCCUUACUCGAUGAGGAGAUUGAGCGCAAUGAACUUCGUGACCACCACGAUGAUUACAUUGGCGAAAUUGAAGAACACUCUGUCGGAGGUCAUAAUCGUUCUGGAGAUGAACACCAUCCAGAGGCAUCCCCUCGGGAUUCUGACGAUCAUACCCCCAACCAAGAUCAACAAGAAAGAUUCAUGACACACAAUUCUGAGGAAAAUAAUCAUACUCGAGAGGACCGCCAAUCUUCUGAGCAGUCAAACGGAUUUGAGAAUCAUACUUACAUUUCCUCGGAGUCCGACCAACAGUCAAAUGAAAUGCCGCCUCGACGACGCCGACAUAGUACCGAUGAUAGUCACACCUUAUUACGGGAUCUUGGUUCCCCGCCGGCAACCCCACAACAGCCGCCAAAGCCCCCUGCCCCUGCCCGGACACUUUACAAUGUUGCUGAAAUGUUCGUGUUCAGCUACGGGGUCGUGGUGUUCUGGAAUUUCACGGAGCGACAAGAAAAGGAUCUGCUGGCAGAUCUAGCAUUUGCAACAUCCUCCGCCACUGGGACCCCCAUCCCAUUGACUACAAUGCCUCUCCAUGAGGAAGAUUUUGAGACCGAAGAAUUCCACUUCGAGUACUCUACUGAGAUCUCGCGCCCUCGUGUCUACAAUGAUAUGAUUACUCUUCGCAGCGGAGACCAUAUGAUCAAACUAGCAAUUAGCCACGGUAUUUCUCAAAGUACGAAGCUGUGCUUCUUCGAAGAGGUGAUGGCUCGCCAAAUGACAGAUGCCAAAGAUGUUCCUCGCCGCCUCGCCAUGACUGGAAAAUUGGGCAUGAAACGGGAGGAAGUAUUCCGUAUAUUGGGUCGUCUAUUCAAAAGCCGAGUCGAGGUCAAUCUCUCAUCAAACAUGCUUGACGUUCCCAAUUUCUUCUGGGAGAGUGAGCCCACUCUCUACCCACUUUACAUUGCCGUACGCGAAUACCUCGAAAUCAAGCCACGGAUUCAGGUUCUCAACGAACGCUGCCGAGUCUUCCUGGACCUCGCAGAAAUCCUUUCUGACUCGAUAGCUGACAGUCGUACCUCUCACCAAACAUGGAUCAUUAUUGUGCUGAUUAUCAUUUCUAUCCUCGUGACUAUCUCCGAGGUAUUCCUCCGAUUUGGUCUUCUCCACGCCCGUGAAGGUGCAGUCUCGAGUCCUACAACUAUUAUCGCUCGUGCCUUAGGGCGAUCUGUCCCCUCUCCUCCUUCUGGGUGGUCUUCGACUACCAACAUUCCCCCAGGCUGUAUUUGCCCCUCACUCACGCCCGGAGUGCCUGGAUCAAAUAUCAACAGCAGUCCGCUCUGGGGCUAA